AUAACAGACUCUGAGUUGAGAUCCUUCGAAAGCUUGGCGAUAUGAUUGACUACAUGAGGGAAAGUGAAUAAAAUCAAUUCAACCAUCAUUUUAUGUCUGCAUCGGCUCACUCAUCGAAGAUGCUUCUCACAAGCCUCCUGCUCCUCGCCGGGGCGCAGUCUGCCCUUGCCAAGUGCAAAUGUACCCCAACCGACGAUUGUUGGCCCUCACCUUCAAAAUGGAACACUCUUAACGCCUCUGUAGACGGACAGCUCAUCUACAACCAGCCCAUCGCCAAACCAUGCUAUCCCGGCCCGGGCUACAACGCCCAGCUCUGCCAGGAAAUAAGCAAAGAAUGGACAGAGUCUCCAUUUCAAGAGCUUUCUCCGAUUGGCUACACCUAUCCGCUUGUUGAUACCUGUCCCCCGGUCAAUGCCUCGGUAGCUGCGUAUCCAUUGUGCGAACUGGGUAAUGCGCCGGUGUAUACAAUCAACGCGACAAAAGCGGAUGAUGUGGCGGCUGGGGUAAUAUUUGCCAAGGAGAAUAAUGUCCGGCUUGUGAUAAAGAACACCGGUCAUGAUAUUCUAAUGAGGUCUGACAGAUCGCAAGGAUACGGCAGUUUGAUGAUCUGGAUCAAGUAUAUACGGGAUGGACUUGAUUAUCAAGAACGGUACACUCCAUCUGAUGGUUUUUGUCAGUCUAAUUGGACCGCAAGCGCAAUAGCUGUUGGCGGUGGGUAUAUCUGGGAGGAAGUAUAUGCCUUUUCAGCCAACCAUGGGCGUAUCGUUGUUGGUGGUGAUGACAAAACUGUCGGAUCUAUUGGAGGCUACCUGCAAGGUGGUGGCCACGGCGCAGCAAGCCACACCUUCGGGUUGGCAACCGACCAGGUUCUCGAAUACAGAGUUGUGCUCGCAUCGGGUGAAGUCGUCACAGCCAACGAGUGUCAAUAUACGGAUCUCUUCACUGCUCUCCGUGGAGGGGGCGGUGGCACCUAUGGCGUUGUGGUAUCGGCUACGAUCAAAGCACACCAUACACAUCCGGUCCUUUCACACAGUCUCCAAAUUGUUCCGCUAAAUGGCAGUUUAACUCAGCUGCUAAAUGCCACUGCGGGAAUUAUGUCGAGAUAUUCCAUUCUGUCUGAUGAAGGGUUCGCAGGGUAUGCAACUGUAUUGCGCGCCGACGGACAAGCGCUAUACGAGCAUACUUUCAUGAAUAUGAUUGAGAGCAAUGUUUCCGCCACCAUCGAGCGCGCCAAACAAGUCAUAAACCAGCAGGUUGUGGACAACCUGCUUCGGCUCAACACGACCACGUUCUACAUCAAAUCAAGCUUCCAACACUUCCCCUCAUUUCAAGAGUACUUCCUGGGCAGUGGAGAUCACCAAGCACAAUCCGCAAACACACCCAUUAUGGUAUCGCGGUUCUUCGAUAAAAGAUCACUCCUCUUCCAGCAAAAGAAUCUAUCGGGCAUGCUUCAGACCCUGUUCUCCGAGGAAGGCCCUGGAGUACACGCCACGACAUCUGUCCUUGAGCUAUGCCUCGUCGGAGGUGGUCAAGUCUUACAACCAGCGCCGCAUACCUCCGUCCACCCAGCAUGGCGGAGAACCUAUCUGCUUGCGGAGCAAGUCGACUUCUGGCCCGAGAAUGCGGGUUCCCAAGGAAUCCAGCAGGUCAAGAACGAGGCCACUUUCAAGAAGCUGAAAGCGAUGAAGGCGUUGACUCCUGGCAUGGGAACCUACCUGAAUGAGGCUGAUGGGUAUGAUCCGGAGUGGAAGGAAGAUUGGUUUGGGAGCAGGUAUAACUCGCUCAAGUCAGUUAAGCAGAAGUAUGACCCGGAAGAAGUGUUCUGGUGCUGGCGGUGUGUUGGAAGUGAGGGUUGGGAAGAGGUGAAGGGUGGAACGAUAUACGGGCCGUUGUGCAAGAAGGACUAGUCUUGUUGGUCUUGGUUGAUUUGACGCUCAUUUUAUGCCCUGCCUUUUCCUUAUUCCUGUCGUUCAUACAUUUCCACUGUAGCUAGUGAUAUUUAUUUUGCUUCAUGAUCUACGACAUACCAAUGUAACCACGG